AGAAGAAGGUUCUGUUUCAGGAAGUUGUAACAGAAUAAUUAUGUGGCUAACGUUGUCGUUGGUUAAAUACUUUUUGUGAUGAUUAAUUCAAACGUUAACUUUGUGGGCAAUGCAUGAACAUUCACACAGCUUACAAUAUGGCUAAUAUAGCAAGGACCGGAGACAUUAUCCAUUUAAACGUUGGAGGAAAAAGGUUCAGCACCUCCAGACAGACAUUGACAUGGGUCCCAGACUCCUUUUUCUCAAGUCUUCUAAGUGGGAGGAUCUCAACCUUGAAGGAUGAAACUGGAGCGAUCUUCAUAGAUCGGGACCCAUCUCUCUUUACUCCCAUACUGAACUUCCUGCGUACCAAAGAGUUGUUUCCCAGGUCUAUAAAUGUGCACCUGCUCAUGCAUGAAGCGGAGUUCUAUGGAAUCACUCCGUUGGUGCGUAAACUGCAGCUUUGUGACGAACUGGACCGAUCUUCCUGUGGAAAUGUGCUCUUCAAUGGCUAUCUGCCGCCUCCAGUGUACCCGGCGAAGCGGAGAAACCGUCACAGUGUGGCGGGACCUCAGUAUAUGGUGGGCUGUGCCUUGCACAUGGAGAGGGCUCCAGUGAGACGUAGCAACACCAUGCCACCCAACCUGGGCAACGCGGGCAUACUGGGUAAAGCAACGAUUGAGGAGAGGAUAAGUGGUGCUCAGCUUGCAGACCCAGGCAUGGUCCGCAUCAUCUGUGGCCACCACAACUGGAUCGCUGUGGCUUAUGCCCAGUUUGUUGUUUGCUACCGAGUGAAGGAGUCUACGGGCUGGCAGCAAGUGUUCACCAGUCCCCGCCUGGACUGGGUGAUUGACAGGGUGGCACUCAACGCCAAGGUGAUGGGCGGCUCCCUGGGAGACAACGACAAGAUGGUGGCCGUGGCCUCGGGCACAGAGAUCAUCCUCUGGACUAUCUGUCCCGACGGCAACGGCAACGAGAUCGGUGUGUUCAGUCUGAAUGUCCCCGUGGAGGCUCUCUUCUUCGUGGGGAACCAGCUUAUUGCCACCAGCCACACAGGGAAAGUGGGAGUAUGGAAUGCAGUGACCAAACAUUGGCAGAAUCAAGAUGUCGUUCCCAUUAAUAGCUAUGACACUGCCGGUUCCUUCCUCAUUCUAGGCUGUAACAAUGGGUCCAUAUAUUAUAUAGAUGUUCAGAAGUUUCCAUUGAGGAUGAAGGACAAUGACCUCCUAGUGACAGAGUUGUACCGCGACCCCACGGAGGACGCUGUCACUGCUCUCAGUGUCUACCUCACGCCCAAAACAAUCCCCAAUGUGUCGUCAGGCGACAGCGGCAACUGGAUCGAGAUCGCCUACGGGACCAGCUCGGGCACGGUGCGGGUCAUAGUGCAGCACCCGGAGACCGUGGGCUCUGGGCCCCAGCUCUUCCAGACCUUCUCAGUCCACCGUAGCCCCGUCACCAAGAUCAUGCUCUCUGAGAAGCAUCUCAUAUCAGUGUGUGCAGACAACAACCACGUGCGGACCUGGACGGUGACUCGCUUCAGGGGCAUGAUCUCCACCCAGCCAGGCUCCACCCCCCUCACCUCCUUCAAGAUCCUCUCUCUGGAGGACAUCGACGGCCACGGGGGCUGUGCUGCCGGCACUGAGAUAGGUCCGUAUGGCGAGCGAGACGACCAGCAGGUGUUUAUCCAGAGGGUCGUCCCCGACACAGACAAACUCUACGUGCGCCUCUCGUCCAACGGGAAGAGGGUGUGCGAGGUGCGCUCUGUGGACGGCACCUCCAUCACCUCCUUCAUGGUGCACGAGUGCGAGGGGUCCAGCCGCAUCGGCUCACGUCCCCGCCGCUACCUCUUCGGUGGCCACGCCAACGGUAGCAUCCAGAUGUGGGACCUGACCACCGCCAUGGAGAUCGCAGGGAAAGUGGACAUCAGGGCGCUGGGCGGCCCCACAGAGGAGGAGCUCCUGGAGCUGCUGGACCAGUGUGACCUGGCUCUGACCCGUACGCCCGACAUGAGUCCCGCUGCCUCCUUCACCCACUCCUCCACCCCCCGAGCCUCCACCUCCAGUUUGCAGUCCCAGCUGAGUGAGAGCUCCAGAGAGCGUGGGACCAGAGGAGGUGUGAGCAGCUCGGGUCCCUUCUCUGGUAGCCUGCCCCGCCAGGCCCCUCCGGUGCCCCUCACCAAGCCCCGGGACAUGGCUCUCUCCAUGGCGGGGUUGGGCAUCCAGCCCCACCACUUGGGUCUGAGCCAGGCCUCCCUCCGCAGCAGUGGCAGCCCCCGGCCCGGCCGCACCGUCCCCCAGGACAGAGACCGGGACGCUGGCAUGGGGUCUCUGCGCAGGGGUAGUUUUGUUGAGCGUUGUCAGGAGCUUGCCAAGGUCUCGGACUCUGCAGGAGGGGCGGAGGGGGGGAACGCGGCGCAGCCUGGCUGUAUGCUCUGAGUUGGAGGCUAGACUGGGCCUACGGACCCCCGCUUCUUUCUCCAGCCCCCCUGCAGCCUCCCCAACUUCAUCGCCUCGCCGGCCGCAGCCCACCUCACCCAGCCCUGCCCCUGCUACAAUCGUCAGUCCAACCCGCUCCCAGACCCCCGUGUCGCCUCGUCGAGCUGACACCUCCCCUACUACAGAAGUCCCGCCCCCUGAGGCUGCAGCAGCCACUCCAGAGAGCUCCUCCCCUGUGCCCCCCACCAGUUCUAAACCCCCCUAUGAAUGAGACCAGCUUCUGACUGGCUCUGUGAUGUAUGGGUGAGUGGACUAACAAUGGACGCUUUUGGUGUUUCUGAGCAUGUGUGGUUUAGUGACUGCACCUAUUGUCGCAUUUAUGGACAUUUCCUAUCAAGGACACAUAUCAAAUGUCAUUCCUCUGUUUUCAAAAGAUUCAUAUACAACAUAUAUCCAAACUGUCAAUGUGUUGAUGAUACACAUUGUAAAUCUAGCCAUGUAUACAGUUGUUCGGUUGCAUUUGGUAGAGCAGUCCAUUUCAUUAAAUUACACUGAACAAAAAUAUAAAUGCAACAAUUUCAAAGAUUUUACUGCGUUACAGUUCAUAUAAGGAAAUCAGUCAAUUGAAAUGAAAUCAUUAGGCCCUAAUCUAUGUAUUUCACAUAGCUGGGAAUACACCUAUGCAUCUGUUUGUCACAGAUACCUUAAACAUUUUUAUAGUGGGGUCAGAAAACCAGUGCGUAUCUGGUGUGACCACCAUUUGCCUUAUGCAGCACAACACAUCUGAGAAUGCAAGCCAUGGAAGAACUGGGACAUUUUGUGUACAGGUCCUCGCAACACGGGUCAGUGUAUUAUGCUGAAACAUGAGGUGAUGGCGGCAGAUGAAUGGCAUGACAAUGGGCCUCAGGAUCUCGUCACGGUAUCUCUGUGCAUCCGUGGAGGCUGGUGGGCUCAUGGUAAUGGCUGGAAUGGAAUAAAUGGAACUGUGUAUAUAACAAAUCAAAUAUAUGGAAACCACAUGUUUGACUCCGUUCCAUGUCUAUCAUUCCAGCCAUUACAAUGCGUCCGUCCUCCUGUAGCUACUCCCACCAGGCUCCAUUGCCGUGCACUCAAAUUGGCAUUGAUAAAAUGCUCUUUUGUUUGUUGUCCGUAGCUUAUACCUGCCCAUACCGUAACCCCACUGCCACCAUGGGGCAUGCCUCUAGCCUACACAACGUCCCUGUCUGCCAUCUGCCCGGUGCAGUUGAAACCGGGAUUCAUCUGUGAAGAGCACACUUCUCCAGUGGGGCCAUCGAAAGUGAGCAUUUGAGAUUUUUUUUUAGGAUGAGCACGCAGAUUAGCUUCUCUGAGGCAAAAAUGGUAUUAUUCGGUUGUGCAAAACCACAGUUUCAUCAGCUGUCCAGGUUGGCUGGCCUCUAUAAACGUUUCUGAUAUCCUCUACAGGUUUCUCUUUCAGUCUUCCUGCUUUGCACUACGGUUGGCGUUCUGUACCUUAAAUGAAUCAAUAAGCCUACUGCACACGCAGUAUCAAAUGUAGUGAUGAUUGUUGACGAAGAAUCCGAUGGUGAAUCUAUAGAUAAAUGAUAAAAUGUCUAUCAUUCAUAUGUUUAGUUACAUCUGACUAACUUACUGCCAUUUUGGAUCAUUCUUUUUCAAGUCUUCCCCCAGAUCACAACCCAGUGCCUCACGUACCUGUGUUUUUAUGUUUUUAUUUUAUUUUAUGGGUUAUGACCAUUUUACCGAAACUUUGUUACAAGGACAAGCAACUUGAUUGUGGAGUGAUUCUACCAAACAUCGGUAGAGGUCUAUCUCUUUGUGCUUUUUCUGAACCAUUUGAACACUUAGGUGAAUAUUUACAAAAUAUAAACAUGUUUUCACAUGUUUGUGUAUUUAGUGGUUUCUGUCGCAAUGUUAACCGGGUUGAUUGAUAUGUCAUUGACAACAGCGUAGUUCAAUAGCUCAGAUGAAGAGGCGUGUUCAAAUGUCUCGAUGUUUACUGUCUUGUCUAAUACUUGUUUUUGUUUUUUUGUCUUUCACUUUGGUAGCAUUUGUUUUUCCUCUGCAAUUCCAUGAUGUGCCACAUAAAUGAAGCAGAAAGUCAUACUAUUAGUCAAACUCUUCCAUUUAUGUGUGUAUUUGUGUCAUUGGUUAAACUGGCACCACCUUGAAUGUUUUGUGAAAUUGUAAGAAACUCAAAGGUAGGCUUUUAACCCAUUAUCCUACAUUGUUUUAAAUGCCAUUUUAUGACUAUAUAUAUAUAUAUAUAUAUAUAUAUAUAUAUAUAGUAACAGUCAAGUUUUGAUGUCUUCACUAUUAUUCAACAAUGUACAAAUAAAGAAAAACCCUGGAAUGUG